AUGCUAAAAACCAUUUAUUCGACAUUGCUUUCAGCCGUCUCACAGUACGCAAAAGACUAUCUCAAUUUAGUUGCAAACGACUUGCAAUGUCAGGGAGGCAAGUUGACACCACAACAACGCCAGGAUAUCGUUGAUGUGCACAACAGUCUUCGCUCCAAUUUAAUUAAUGGCAAAGAACGGAACAGAGACAAAAAACCUAUGCCAAAAGGAAAAAAUAUGCUGAAAAUAACAUGGGGCUGUGAUUUGGAGGAAACUGCGCAGCAGUGGGCAGACCGUUGCGUAUUCGAGCAUUCUCAACAAGCCAACAACGGAAUAAUGCCGGUGGAAAUCUGUACAUGUACUCUUCAGGAGACGUCUCAGAUGGGAUACAAAUGUAUAUAUCCAAUCCACAGAGCUCAAGAUUCUCGAAGGCAUCUCUAUCGUUGCGGCGAAUUUGACAGGCAUGAAAUGACCCCUUGA